UUAUUUACGUAACUGUUUUCACUCAGCAAUUUGCACAAUUGCAGUGCUUUGUUAACCUACAAGUAGCUAAUGUCAGACCUGCAUGUCAUCGGAACUACUGUUUGAAACAGAUACCUAAGUUUGUAUGCCUACUAAGGAAGGAUAUGUGACAAACUUAAAAUGGCAUAAAUGAUUUCCCUGCUUUACAGGCCUGAAGCUUCUAGAGUAAGAGCUUGACCAAUUGUGUUUUAAAAAUAGAAUGUCUGUUUUAAGACAAAAACAACAGUCAACAUGAUAACAUAUGUGUUUGCUGCAGGUGUACUGCCUCAGCUGUUGUGCUGAUGCUCCGGCUCGAGCAUCACUUCAGAACUUCACCCAGUACAAUGGGCAUUACGGUUGCGGGUGGUGCCUGCACCAUGGAAAGACCGUGCAUGGAACUGUCAAGUAUCCUAUGGAUAUGAACGUCAACGAUGAAAGAAAUGCAGAAAAUACUAAGACACAUGGAGAAGGCAUCUUUUCUGCACCAAGUACACAAAGGUGUAAAAGGCCCAUCUCCUCUCAUCAACCUGCCGUACUUUGAUGUAAUUUGGGGCUUCACCCCAGAUUACAUGCAUUGUGUCCUGUUGGGGGUAUCACGACAUUUUACAGAGCUUUGGCUGUCUGCUGUGAAUGAGCCAUAUUACAUUGGCUCACCACAAGUUCUUUCAAUCAUUGAUGAGCGCCUAUGUGCAACAAAGCCCCAUCUUUGUGUGUCGCGUCUCCCUCGGUCUCUUUCAGUACGAAAGUAUUGGAAAGCAUCUGAAUGGCAGCAGUGGUUGUUGUACUUUUCAUUACCAUGCCUUGAGGGGCUUUUGCCAGCACAGUUUUUUAAGCAUUUUUCACUUCUUGUACAAGGCAUUGCACUGCUGUUGCAAGACACAGUGAGCAAAGACAACAUUACUACUAGUACAAACUGCCUUGUACGGUUUGUUGUUGACGUGCAGUUUUUAUAUGGUGAAAAGCACAUGGCCAACAAUGUGCACCAGCUACUGCACAUCCCAAAGAGUGUUGUCCUACAAGGUCCCCUUUGGGCACACUCUUGCUUCAGUUUUGAGUCCCACAUUGGUCACCUUAAAGAGUUAGUGAUGUCAGCCAAAGGUGUGCCUAUUCAAAUUGUUGAACGCAUUAUGAUGGCCAGUAACUAUAAGAGAUUGAGUGCACAAGCAAGUCCACAUACUUUGCAAUUUUUGGCAAAGCCUAGCCACUACAGUAACGAUGCUGUUCUCCUUGUGAGCAAGCCACGAGGUGUGUCAGAGCCAUUGCUCAGCUUUGUUCGCAAACAUCUUUGCAACAUUAUCUGUGGCCCUGUUGUGGAGCAUGACCGAGUCAUUGUAGCCGGGAACAUGUUCCACUGUGAGCAGUACUCAAGGCCAAACAAAACAGACAGCACUGCUUUUGUGACAGGCCAAGGAAAGUGCCUCAAAAUCAAGCACAUUGUUUCAUUCAAAGAUGUGAGUGGCUGUGUAAAAAAAUUUUUGUGUCACGCAGGUUCUCUUCUGAGUGUGCCUAUAGUACAAAUCAUCUAAUGGAAUCUCGGAGAGCAGAGCAGGAAAUUUUAUUUGAAUUAUCAGCAGAUGUUAGCCCAUGCACUUACAUGGAAUGUGGCGGGAAAAUAUUUUUUGUAAGGCUAGCACAGAAAACACUGCUGGCGAGCUGAGCAGAGUGCAUGUAUCAAUUUAAAUGUAGACGCCUUCCUAGAAAAUUUUUCUUUUUAAUUUUAAUAUUAUAGGGAGCUUUUCUGGAGCUAGCUCACAAUUAGCACAAAACUUUCGGUUAGAAAUUCAAGGAGGGCUUUUACAGUUGCUAACUAAAAUGUGCUGGGAGAGUAUGGUGGCCAUGAAAAGAAUGUAGUUUAUAUUAAUAAAAGCAUGUCCAUUGCACAGUUUUGUUUAAAAGUCAUGACCUCGACAGAUUGGAAAAUUCAUGUAAAAUAUUUUUCAUGGCAUUCUGGCAUUACCGCUGCUGCUGUGUUGGGUGCCAUUGGUAGCAUUGUGCUUUGCAUUGCACUGAAUUAGGUUCCACAAAAAUUGGUACCUGCUCCCUUUCAACAAUCAAAUGUAAAAGCUCAUUUAUAGCAUUUGCUACACGUGUGAAAUGUUGUAGAGACAAUUUCCAUUUUAAUAACAUUGUGCACAGGGUGUUUAUGGCUGUCCAAUAGCUAAGUAGAAAGACAUUGUACAUUUCCAACUUUAUGGUUGGUAGAUGUCACUUUUGUUCAGUUUUAGCUGUAUUGUGUAGAGUAUCUAAAUUAAGAAUUAUGGCAACUAUGAGAUUGUAUUUCUUACAGCUACAUAUUUAUAAUGUUGGUCAGUUUGAACCUGGGAAGCUUAUUACAUGCAGUACAAAGUAUUGCCAGUAAAUGGUGGUUUGUUUGCUUACAAUGGUAAAUGUUUACAGAAAGUGGUCUUGAAAUCUUACUUUGCCGUUCGAGAAAAAGCUGCAUGAAAUGUCUUUGUAAUGAAUUUUUGAUAUUGUAACUGGUGCGGUUCUUCAGUUUUCCUUGUUUUUUCCUAUAUCUGUUUCAGAGAGUAUUUUGAAUUAUAUUUGCAUAUUUCUAUGUAACCAGUUUAUGGCUAACCUGCUUCGCUUGAAUAUGUGGCCUUAAUAUAGUAUGUGUGUGUAUAGAUGAGCACAUAUGUAUGUGUGUGUUGGUGACUUUCCUGGUCACUCUUUCAAUGGCCUCAAAAGUGACAUUAGAAUUUCGCUUUCAUUCUCUAACCAUGUCUGGGCAAUUUGCAAGUCCUAUCUCAUUUAUAAGGUACACACCCGCCUUAGGUAUCAAUGAAAGUGCCGGCAAGGUUACGUGAUUGCCUUCUGAUUGGAACACUGUUGUUGUAAGUUGAAAAGAAAUUCCUCUUAGCUAUGGCAUUUCCCAUCUAUGCUUUGUGCUGACAUGCCUGUUUUAUUCGAAUGUUUUAUGCUGUUUUGAACCGCUAUUAUGUUGCAUGCCCUUAGCAUUGAAGGUUUGUAGUAAAAAUGGCUUCUCCUUAUCUUAAAAGGACACUGAAACAAUUUUGCACGAACGUACCGAGUCGUUAGAGUGAUCCUUGUGAUCAUUAAUUGACGCAUCUAAGUGCUCCGCAUAAAAUGUGCAAUUUAUUAUAAAGUUUUAAAAAUGUACAUCGCUGCCGAUCACAGCACAUCGCUCGGCUGAAUUUUAAGCCGCCCCUACCCAUUUGACUUUAUUUUCCCUAAUGCCGUUAGUAGGGCGAGUUAUCCGAUUGGCUGCCCAGGGCACGUCAUCAAUAAUUUUUCCAACUUUAUGGUGAACGAAUGUUGUUUGUAAUAGUUGGAAUGUUCAUUUGUUUCUAUAAAAAAAAAGUAACAGAAAGAGAAUGCACAAGAACAGUUUCUCACUACACUUACGCACUUCCGGCACACAGCAAGCGUCGUCUGCUUGUGUUACGUGCUCCAUUUUGACGAGAGCUUUGCGGCCAGAGUCAGUCUCAGCCUUUUCGCGAGCACCAUGAUUCGACUUUGUUGCGUUGUGGGCUGCAAACAUAGCGACUGGCAAUAUGUCAAGCUGCAACAUCGCGUCCCUCUGCAAGGCAGCAAACGAGCGGAGUGGCUGCAGUGCAUCGUACUGUCGCUAUCCACUCAGCGCCAGGAUUUGCGCGUUUCCAGCCGUGACUUCACACCGAAAUAUUACUAUCACAACAGCGUUUCACUAGUCCAGUAUUCAGGUAAAUGCAAGAGCAAGGGGACAGGGCCUGGCCGUUUGACUGUGCCAUUUCACGGGAUGAGCAGAAGCACAAACAUGAAUGGUCUGCAUGCUGCAGCCACCUGGUGGCACAGAGCUCAACCAAACACAGUAGCAGUGUGAAGCAUAUUCUUUGCUGCAGGCGUAAAUUUUUCGCAGGAGCGUAAUUGUUAACACAUUGUUUUUGUAAAUGUUAAAAAUGUUUUACACUUGGUUAUAGCAACAUUAGCUCUUUGUUUGGCUGGUUAAGCUAUGUGCCAACGGGUGGCUGGACUGGACCGUGGAGACCAAUCAGGCAGCUGACAUACAUCUACGCUAAAGUUCCUUCAUCAGGUUGAGUUUCUGCCUCUACCAUUCCGUCGAAACGCCCAGCUCGCCUGUGGCAACCGGAAUACAAGACAUGUUCGGUGCUGCGACAGAAUGUUCGCAACGUAUGCUGCUUCAAUAGCUCUCGCUUGGGGUCGACUGCCAAGCAGCUGGCAAAGAGGUUGGAGAGGCUUUGUGCUCUCGCUCCUAGAGAAACGGAAGUAGACGACACGAUGUGCCAUCAUAAUGCAGAGCCAGUAAAGGCGGAGCUUAGCCCCAAUCACUCUGCGAACGAGUUCGGGAGAAAAUGCAUGGCUGUGGAGGAGGGUAACUUGUAAUCGUCCAUAGCUCUCUUAAUCACACAAAUUGUGGUGCAAAUGAUUUAACUUUAGCUGUAUCCUACACGUCUACAAAAUUUUUCAAAACCGUUUCAAUGGCCCUUUAGGGUGGGGAGAAACAAUGCUGCCAUAGUUGUGGCUCAUCACAGCCACCCAUGUGUUCUUUCUUCUGUGGUUGCAAUUCAGAAACCCUUUUUAUUCUCAUCCUCUGCUUCUUGGAGAGUGAGGACAGCUACGCCUUGGUCAUGACUCAUCGCAAUAGCCACAUAUUCUGCCCAUGUGUUAUUUACUGUAAAAAGAUAUUUUUUGCUUUUAUUUUUUUACUGCUAGCACUGUUUUGAGCCACAUGCCCUUCCACAUGUGCUUUCCCUAUCUGAUGCCUAAUAAAAUAACAUGUUCUGUACUCCCAUUCACUCUGAUAGUCAGCCCACCGGCCAAUAUGCUAGUAAAAUAAUACUUCUAGGUUGUUAAUUGUGGGACUUUUUACGACUAUAUAUAUAUAUAUAUAUAUAUAUAUAUAUAUAUAUUCUUGACAUUGCAUGUUCUUCUGUCCUUAUGUUUAGCUGCUAUGAUGCUGUGUGUAUGAGGUAGCCAUGUUCUGCUCAAGUCUCAAUGAUGUGA